GGUCAGUCGAGCGGCGCGCGCCGGGCGGUGAGCAGUGUGACGCGGAGACUCGGGAGGCUGCUCACAUAGAGAGCGUCACCAGGGAGUCUUCGAACGGUCCGAUCCAGGAGUCUGAGCCGCCGCCAGCGGACGGACACAGCCAUGCUACCCAAGAUCCGCCCCUUGUGGGCGCUUCUUGUGUGCUGCUUGCUCCUAGCCGUCGUCACAACAGACGCCGCCCGUAAGAAGACCCGUAAGCGUGUGGUCUGCUACUACACCAACUGGUCCGUGUACCGGCUGGGCCUGGCCAAAUACCUGCCCAGCAACAUCAACCCCCACCUGUGCACCCAUCUCGUGUACGCCUUCGGAGGGUUCGACGAUGACUUUCAGCUGCAGCCGUUCGACAAGUAUCAGGACAUCGAAAAAGGCGGAUAUGCCCGCUUCAAUGGCCUCAAGCAGUACAACAAGGGUCUGCGGACGCUGCUGGCGCUCGGAGGCUGGAGCGAAGGCUCGGGAAGAUUCUCAGAACUGGUGGCCGAACCGGAGAACAGGCAAAGGUUCAUCUUCAGUGUGAUCCGAUACCUGCGCCAGUACAAUUUCGACGGUCUAGACCUGGACUGGGAGUAUCCGGGCUCGCGCGCCGGCAGUGACGUCACCGACAAGGAGAACUACGCCACGCUCAUGGAGGAGCUGCGAGCCGCGUUCGAGGAGGAAUCUGUGAAGACGAACCGUCCUACCCUGCUGCUGACGGUGGCCGUGCCGGCCGGUAUCAGCACAAUAGAGAAGGGAUUCAACGUGCCGAGACUGAACGCGGCGGUGGACUUCUUUAACAUCCUGGCGUACGACUACCACGCGUCCACCGAGGCGCUCACCGAUCACCACGCGCCGCUGCUGGCCCUGCCCGGCGCCUCCAUCUACGACCACCGGACUCAACUCAACGUGGACUACACGGUGCGCUUCUACCUGAAGCUGGGCGCCGAGCGCAGGAAGCUAGUGGUCGGCAUCCCCACGUACGGCAGGUCCUACACGUUGCUGGAUGAGAACUUCAGCGGCGUGCAGGCGGCUGCCGAGAGCCCCGGACUGAAGGGAAAAUACACCAAGGAGGAGGGCUAUCUCAGCUUCUACGAGAUCUGCGAGAAUGUCGCCGUGGACGAGUGGAGCGUGUACCGUCCCUACCCGGAGGAGAUGGGACCCUACGCCACCAAGGGCAAGCAGUGGGUCGGAUACGACGACGAAUUCAUCGUACGCAAAAAGGCUGAGUACGUGCGCGACAACCACCUCGGAGGCAUCAUGUUCUGGUCCAUCGACAACGACGAUUUCCGCGGCCGCUGUUCCGGCAAGCCGUAUCCGCUGAUUGAGGCAGCCAAGGAGGCCUACCUGGCACCGGCGCCCGGGAGCCCACCGAAGCAGGCCAAGGGACCGACUCCGCCACCGCCCGCCACCCCCGACCCUGGAGCAGACUUCAGCUGUAAGCGUGAGGGCUUCUUCCCCCAUCCGGAGGAGUGCAACAAGUACUUCUGGUGUCUGGCCGGAGGACCCCUGGGCGUCGUUCCGCACAGUUUCACCUGCCCCUCGGGUCUGCUCUUCAACCGACGCACGGACGCCUGUGACUUCCCCAGAAAUGUCAAGUGCAAGGUUGCGGUCAAGGAGGUCGUGUCCAUCACGUUCCCGCCCACUAAGGAGCCCGUGAUUGGCGUGGGUCCGUCGCUCGCCCCCGGCACUGUCACUGAAGACCCGCUGGAUGAGUACUACGAGGACUACGAUCCUGCCGACCUGCCACCGCUGGACCUCGAUUUCCCCGACAGUGGUCUGGGAGCGGAUCUGCCGGUCCCUGUCAGCGGUCAGCCCGCGGCGCAGGAGGUGCUCGGCGGCUCUCGUGGCGGCAGUUCCGUGGCCAAGACUGAGGCCGGAUCGGCGGCACCCCAGGAGGAAGAGUCAGACCCCUCGGAGCUGAAACAGAUCCUUGAGCUCAUCCAGAGAAUCGGCGGUGUCGAGGGCGUGAAGAAGCUUCUGGAGGGCGACAGCGAUCCUGCUUCCCCGCAGAUCAGCGAGAAGACCAGGAAGACGCUCAACAAGAUCGUCGGAGAGACGCCCCAGCGGGAGACCAGCACACCGAGGUACACGUCGAUUGCUCGUGACCGUCGCCCGACGACCACAACCUCGGAGGACACCAGCUCACGUACUAACUCGCGUACCAACUCGCGCACCAACUCGCGCACCAACUCGCGCACUCGGCUGAGGACGGGCACCUCCAGCCGGCGCCGUCCUCCGACACCCCAGCAGGAGGAGGUCGAGGUCACGCCCGGUUCUCGGUCGAACGCCCGUCGGCGUCGUCCGACCCCGACCCGCAGUCAGCAGGAAGAGCAGGUCGAGGUGACGUCUGGCGGACGGCCGAACGCCCGCCGACGACCACAGUACUCCAGCAUCCAGCGCAACAGGGAGUCGAGGCCGACUGAGCCCACUAUUCAGGAGCAGGACACCGCCCAGGAGCAGGAGUCGGUCUCUGGACCCGGUCAGCGUCGCUACGUGACCCUGAACAGGCAGCGGGGCUCACCGGCGGCUGCCUCGGCUGAGCAGGAACAGCGGGGAGAGGUGGACCCGGACACUGGCAGAGAAUACGUGACGCUGCGCCGCGGUCGUCCCACUACUCCGGUGCCUCCUCUGGAAGGUGCCCCAGCUCCGGAGCGACUCCCAUCCCGGCGAGGCCGACCUCAGGGAAGUCGCCGAGGCGUCACCAUCCGCCGACCUGGCAGCCGCGCGCCUCAGGUGUUCCGUCUUACGACCACACUACCGCCGCGUCUCACCACUAGCGAGGAACCGACCACGACCGCUGCGACCGAGCCGGAGACCCCCGCGCCGCAAUCGACCCGCCGGCAGAGACCUGUGGCCAUCCGGCCACCGAGCUCAGCAACUGAGAACCGAGGCUCGGCACGCAAUCGUUUCCGCCAGCGGACGAGAGGACGCGGAUCGAACCGUCUGCGUCGGCCACUGGCCACCGACCCUCCGACCACCACUACGGAACCUCCGACUACCACCACCACCACCACCACCACAACCACUACUACUACCACUCCCACCGCCACCACCACCGAGCGUCCAGCGCCCACCACGGUCCCAUCACUGAGGACCGGCUCCGAGCAGCAGCUGCCGCGACCCACCAGUCAGGCGAACCUCGACACCAGCGUACCGGGAGCUCCCGAAGAAGACGUCGAGUACGACUAUUACUACGACUACGUGUUCGAGUAUCCUGAUGGCACGGUGCGUGAGAUUCCGGCGGAGGAGCUGGUCAAGCUACGGGCUGAGAUUGAACUCGCCAAGAAGCUGCUGAGAGCAAAGGAGGGUCGUUCCUUGCCCGACAGCGCGUUUGAUCAGACACUGGUGAGGGACCCACUGGUGAGCGCUGAAGAGGAGGCAGCACCUGGAGCCGAGAGGCGGAUUCCGGGAGGUCCACCGAGGCAGCGGCUCUCCUCCGAUCGUGGGCCGAACUUCCGGUCACAGUCCCGGCGCACGCAGACGGACAACCUGGGAUCAUCGUCAUUGAGACAGCAGUCGCGCCGGCCACUCACCGACAAUUCUUUCAACUCGCCCUUCCAACAGUUCGGACAAGACUCCAGCAGAAUCACGGAGCCGUCCGUUGCUAGUCAGCAGUCUAACACCCCUGCGGGGACCUCUGACGGCGUUUCAUUCCUGGAUGAAAUCCCUCCUGGAUAUGAGGUUGCUGAAUACGAGUACGACAUCGCUGGAGACGUCAACGAAGACAUCGUCAUCAUUGACGACGAACAGGGCCGACGGAUCGUGAGCACCACGUACCGUCCUGUGGAAUCGGCAGAUGAAGGGUUCAGAGGCGCCGAAGACAGCACUCUGCGUCCCUUCGUCACGGAAGACACCACCACUUCUCGAGGCUCGCGGGAUCGUGGAGAACGUCCCACUGGACGCGUGGUGCCGCCCAUCCGAGUCCUGAACGCGCUGAACCAGAGGCGUCAGGAGGUAACCACCGCGGAGCCAGUGACGGAACCGGAGAUCGUGACGACCACGCCAUCACCGAUCCCGCGCCGCACCCCGGCCACCAUCCGCUCGUUCCGUCCACGUCCUCGGCAGCCGGUGGGACUCCCCCAGCCGCAGACGACCACGGAGUUCAGUCAGCUCGUUGACCCGUCACCGAGUCAGGCCCCAGAGCCUGAAGUGGAGGAGGCCACCACAUGGCGUCCGCCGCUCAGCCCCACUACCAUCCAGACACUGAUUGAGCAGCAAAGACAGCGUUUGGGCCCCCUGCGUCCUCUGCCGGACAGUGGUCGGCUGCCUCAGACGGCUUCACAGCAGUCUGAAGAGCCUCAAUACGCAGACGACCAGUUUAACAUCCAGUACCUGGAUGAUACACAGUACGAAGAUUACCCGGAGUAUACCGACGACGCUAAUCUGGUGAGCGAUGUUCCCACGACGAUCCCCACAACAACUGUCGCCACCACCACAACCACUACACCAACUACCACAACCACAACAGAGACGCCCGAGACUGAGGCUACCACGGCUGAGGAGAACGAAGUCGAGUCAAGCCGUGGCAGCCGCCGAUUCAGCUCUCAAUCUCGGCUGAACAGACUACGCCCUGGGCGCAGGCGUUUCCGUCCAUCCCGUCGUGAACAGGAUGUCACCACCACCGAAGCUGUACCCGAAACCACAACAGAGGCGGCGACCGUCGAGACCACUGAGAGAUCUCGAUUCGCUGUGGCAAGACCUGGCAGGAGGAGGAGACCAAGCAGCAGAAGGCGGAGACCGAGCCUCGCUACAACCACAGAAACGAGUACUGAGGCAGAGCCAGAGGAUACUCAGCGGGAGGAGCAGGGUGGAGAGGAGGAGACCGCCACUCCCGGCAGGCGUCUCUCUGCGGCGGCACGCCGUCGACAGUCCUCGAGGUUUGGUUCUUCUCGGCGACGUCUGCCACUUCGGCCCCGCCCCGCCACUACCACAGAAAAACCUCAGGAUGAGAGCCAGCCAGCACAGGAGGAGGAAGAACAGGUACAGUCGACGACACUAUCCUCAGCUCUCAGCCGUUUCCGCCGACCUGGUCUCAGCCAAACACGCAGAAGGAACCGUUUCAGUACUCUGCGUAGAGGCUCCAACCGAUCCCCUGUCGAUUCAACAACGGAAUCGACGGAGGAAGCCACUGCAGGACCCUCCGUAGAGUCGGAUCAGGAGAUCACCGAUCCUCCGACCACCGAGGCGGCUGCAUCCAUCCGACGAGGAACCAUUGUACCCCCGGCAAUCACCACUGCUUUCCCAGCCACCACGUCUGCCGAACGCACUGAAAUCGCCUUCGAGCAGUUCGUUCGCGACCAGGCGCAAGACAACAUGACCCGAGAACAGCUCCGGGAGCUCUUCAACCGCACCAUUCAGAAGCAGGCCGUGUUUGUACGAAGGAAGCCGGGCUCUGCGGCGCCUGAGAUCAUCGGUCGCGGAACUGUGAUCUCACAGCCCGGUGGAGACCGACGACUCAUCGUUAACAACCGACCUGGAGUUGCUGAGACAUCAGAAAUCACCCUGAUCGAGAGCUCAACUCUCAGCUCUCUUCUGGGAACCACUCCGGCUCCCCGGACGGGGAUAUCCCCUCGUCCGGACCAGGCGGAUCCGCGUCCCAGACCGCUGGGAAGACCCACGUUCCGACCUCGCCUGCCAUCGCUGCUCUCGCCAAGAGAAGAGACUGAAGACCAGCGCAGCGCCGCCAGACAAGUGAUCGAAGAUGUCACAGCACGCACUAUCGCGUCACCAUUCGAUGACGAAAUUCGUGGAACCUCUGCCAGGUCCAUUAUCCAGGUGGAGCCCGGUUUCGGUCGCGGUCGCGAUCAAAAUGAAGACACGGCGCGGUUGGACGAAAUAGGACAGGGUCUGUUCCAGCUGAGAACACAGGAACCGUUCAUUCUGCCUGGUGCCGAAGCCUCCGCUAGGAGAGAAUCUUUCGCCAAUCGGGAGCAAUCAUUUGACGCACAAUCUGAUGUCAGUAGCCAGGACUUCGCUGACGGCCCCGGCGUUGAUCAGGCUUCGAGAGGACCAGCCGAUUUGACAGGGUUCACUGACCAGUCUGACCAAGACACUGAACCCGAGGCCAGCACAGAGCACGUGAUCCACAAACAGGUCGUGCGUCUGGUACCGCUGGGCACGCGGCGGCGGACUGAGCUGCCACAGCCCACAACCUUCUCCCCGGUACAGUUCGAGGAGGGGGUCGAGCGAGCUCGCCGUCCGCGUCUCCUGGCGAGCGCGCCACGCCGCGUGCAGGUGAACCGGAGACGCCUGGACCUCAGCCGAGAUGGCGGGGAACAGACGGUUGGCGAGGUGCGCAUCGAAAUGCCCAAGGAUGAGGAGAAGGCGGAGGAACAGCAAGGCACCACGGCGGCUCCCCGAUCGUUGCGACCGCAGAGGAUUCGAGUCGUGUCCAGAAGGAGGCCUGCUUUGAGAAGGUCCACGACUGAGGCUCCCGUCACCACCGCAAAACCCAAAACAGCGCACGAGCUGGCACUAGAGGCGCACGAGAAGGCGAUACAGGAGGAACAGAAAAGGAGAGAAGAGGAGCUGGUACGAAGAGCGGAGGAGGAGAAGAGAAGGGAAGAAGAACUCGUCCGGAGGGCUGAAGAGGAAAAGAGGAGGGAAGAAGAGCUUGUGAGGAGGGCCGAAGAAGAGAAGAGGAGAGAGUCCCAGAAGGAGCUGGUGGCCGAGGAGCUGGACAGAAGGACAGCUCAGGAGAAGCUCGUAGCCGAGGAGCUAGAAAGACGGACGGCUCAGGAGAAGCUCAUAGCUGAAGAGCUGGAGAGGAGAACAGCUCAGGAGAAGCUGGUAGCCGAGGAGCUGGCUCGACGAAGGGCGGCCGCCCGCGAGGUUGCUGCCCUGCAGGCUCAGCGUCAGGCGGAGCAGAGGGGACCAGUUGACCUGCUGGAGUCGGGCGAAUCGGUCCGAAACAGCGUGGUGAGCACAGGCACCGACGGUGGCCAACAGCCUCUCCGGCAGGAGCAGCAGCUGUUCGCAGCCAGCGACUCCGCCAAAUCUGACGAGAGCUCAGCGAGCUCCGCGAACUCGGGCGGAUCCGUCUCCACCACGGACUACCCACCGUUCGAGGGAGACUACUUCUACUAUGACGAUCUAUCCGAUUACUAUUACGACGACGACUACGUGAGAAGUCUACCGGCGGUGGAUACGGCCACGCUAGAGGGCAGCACCGAGGCGCCGGUAGAUGCCAGCACUGGCUCCUCGACGGAGAGUCCUUUCCUGUGAAGCUCCGAUUUUCAAGGAGCUGAAUGUGUCACGUGACAGCCUGCUUCCGAGGGCAGGCUGAUCUAUCAGGAACUACAAACACUGAAACUUGUUGUUAAAUACGUCUGUUGACUGUGACAUCAAUGAUCAUUUGCGAAUAGAUGAACGCGAUGAACGGACUGUGUGAUUCGACAGAGGAGCGACUGAAAGAAUGUGGCGAAUGGAAAGUAGGACAUUGAUCAUUUUGAUCAGUUCUCAUAGGUAUCACCGUAUCUAAAUUAGGUACUGCAUUUUUGUUCAAAGGGGCGAUAAGGUGAGCUACCAACAAUACAGAAAGAUGUCUCCUUCUUGUCAACUGAUGUCUUUGCGAGGAGAGCGCCUAUCAGUUAGAAUCUAAUCGUUCAUACCCUACAAAAACGUAUUUUCGGGUGUUCUUCGCGUUCAUAUUUAGCAAUUAUCAUUUUAUGCCGAUGUUGGCUGCCACACGAGAUGUUGCACGUACAUGACAUUGAUGAGAGCAACUAUGCCAUUCCCUGAGUUGACGUCGCAUCGCAGCCCGGUACGCUGGGUCUGAUUCAAUUCGUUGCAGUUUAGACUGCAAAACCAACGGACCAAGAUCUAUGGUUUGAUACCACAAUCAGUGUUACCAAACUGCCAGGGUAGGUUGCCAUGGCAAUUACUUAGUGAUAGCGACGCUUGCCGCGCCGCAAAUUGUAAUGGCACUGACUGUGUUUUAUGGUGAUUGCAUUGUAGUUGUUGACAAUAAAUGGGAGCCACAA